CAUCUCCCUCACCAGCCAAGCAACGAGCAAAAAUGGAUGACAUUGUGGUAGUAGCCCCAGGAACACAGUCCUCCCGUAACGUGAGCAAUGAUCCAGAUGUCAUUAAGCUGCAGGAGAUCCCAACUUUCCAGCCCCUUUUGAAAGGACUCCUCAGUGGGCAGACUUCUCCGACCAACACCAAACUGGAGAAGCUGGACUCCCAGCAGGUGCUGCAGCUGUGUCUCCGGUACCAAGACCAUCUUCACCAGUGUGCGGAAGCGGUUGCCUUUGACCAGAACGCGUUAGUGAAGCGCAUCAAGGAGAUGGAUCUCUCUGUGGAAACUCUGUAUAGCUUCAUGCAGGAGCGCCAGAAGAGGUAUGCCAAGUAUGCAGAGCAGAUCCAGAAGGUCAAUGAGAUGUCUGCCAUCCUGCGCCGCAUCCAGAUGGGCAUCGACCAGACCAUCCCCCUCAUGGAGAGGCUGAACAGCAUGCUGCCGGAGAACGAGCGGCUGGAACCCUUCAGCAUGAAACCCGAGCGGGAGCUGAAGGCUUAGCUGAGCCGGCAGACUCCCCUUCCUCACUGUCCACGCUCAAGUGCUCAGCAUAGACAUGAUUCCAGCACGCUCACUGGGCAGAUGUUUGGCACAGACAGCCAUGCUGCCUGACUCCUUGCCAGGGCAUUGGAGGAAGAGCCGUGUCAGCUGCCAGAGCUACGCAGCCGGGAAUCCAGGAGCUCCCUCGUCCUGUCGCUUGGAGGGGGAAACCUACCACUCUUUCAUCUCCCUCCUCAGGCCCUGCUGUCUCCUUUACCGCUACCACCGCCUGUGCUGAAACAGUUGUUUCAUUCCUCUAACUAGAUCAGGUUUUGCAGAGGAGGAGUUCUUUCAUCUGAUCUUUUUACUAGAAAAAUUCAAAGGGAUUAUGGGUGUGACAUGCCCUCUCACAUGCUUUCUGUGCCACUGGGGUUUAGACAAUUAGAUGGGUGGCAGAUAUUUCUGAGAUCCCCUGGCCUCGGAAAUAUGUACGUUUUAUAGGUGGAAGUGUGGGAGCCAGGAACUGGCUUAUUAAAAUCUGCCUAUUAUCAUAAUUAACAUGGUUUGCAUGGUGGGGUUUUGGCAUCUCCUUCCUUGAGGCUCCUGUUUUUAUGGGCUCACUAAUUUAUGAGGCUGUAAAUGAAUAACUGUUCCAGAUAUGUAUGUCUGUUGCUGUUAAGCAGGCCUUGGAGUUCCUGUCUCCCCUGGCCUGGAAAUGGCCCCAUCCCUGAUGGCAGCCAUGUCCCUUGCCUGACACCAGCAGGCACCAGCGCCUACCUGUUCACUUUGCCUCCCAAAAGUGGACAUGAGGUGUCUUUUUCGGGACGCUCCAGUUAGCUUGGUGCUGUUUUUUAUACCAGAGGGAUGCAGUUGUUUCCUUAUCUUCCUGUGUAUGGAGUUGGAGACUUGAAGUCCUUUGGGCUCGGUGCGUUGGCCUAGCUGCCGUCAUGCCGAGAGCUUGGUCGAGCACCGUGUUUGACUGAAACCCUUUGGGAUCGUGCUCAGCAAACUGCUCCAAAGGCAACAGGAUGUUCUUGUGUUAUCGCAAGUGGUGGGCCUUACUGGAAGGCAGGCAGCGUGUUUGCGUGGCCGGGGCCUUGGCAGACUAUUACAUUGCCAAGUCUGCCACUGCUCUGCUAGCCACAGGCAACUUGUAGCACCUCUCUAAGCCUUGGUUUCUCCCUGUGUAAAGUGGGGGAUAUUUUACACGCUGUUGUAAAAUAUUUACAGAUCUAGAAAUAAAGUGUUUAACAGCAUGUGUUGCCAUUGUGUGGCAGCUCUUGUCCAUAGCAGAAAGAAGCCGAAAGUGAGGAGCUCUGGCCUCAAGGGUCAAGCGGAGGCUCGUAUUUAUUUAUUUGAUCCUAGGACGCUGCUGCUGGUGAAGAGGCGGAAGCACACCCAUGAGCCUGAACAGGGGCUUUCCUUCAUGAGGCAGAUGCUGCCGUGGGCCUGGGUCCAGUGUGCAGCUCCAACUGGGAAGACGGCUGUUGCUGAGAGUGACAACCUGUCUUCCAGGACAGCACAAGGCUAGGUGACUUGCCAAAGAUGACUUGCUUGAAUAUCUCUUAGUACUUGAGUUUGCUCAGCAAAAGAUUGUCUCUAAGCAUUUGGGAAUAAGAGCAGUGUAGGUUUUUGGUAGUAUUAAUUGCUGCCUGGUGGCUGGAAGCAACAGGCGGUUCUGUCGCAUUACUGAAAGCAAAGUAGCUGAGAGUGAAUUUUUAUAAUGCGGACUGCAACCCAUUUAGGUUUGCAGCCUAGCAGUGGUUGGAUUUUGGGGUCCUCUGAGCACUGAGGACAGAAUCCCUUAGAAAUGAAGCCUUUGGAAAGAAUCUCGGGAAGGAACAACCGAUUACUUCAGACAUGGCAAAGCCCAGAGCAGGAGACUUUCUAGCAAGGGCAGCAGAAUGGGCCGAGUUCUCAACUGCUCUCCACCUGGAGUUGUGAUUAUAUUUGUGUGUACAUAUGCAUAUACUGUAUGUUGUGCAGGAUAUAGCAUUGUGAGAAUCAGACUUCCAGCCUUGCUCAUGUGGGCUGCAGUAUUUUGCGCUUGUUUUGUAAGCAGUUCUCAUGCUUGCAUGAGGCUUUAAAACCCAUGAAAACCUGCUUUUUAUGCCAUUGAGACAAAAUGGAUGCAGUCUGUAUGACCAUGCUGUAAGGUUCCCUGUUAGCCAUUGUGUUAUCCAUACUUCUCUGCCACUUGCCAUCAGACACACUGGAAUAUUCAGCAGCUUUAAAUAGCUGCUGCAGGCAUUUCUGUCCUCCUCGUCCAGAUUAUGCUGUCUGGAAAUUUAGAAUGUGCAACAUGCAGCCAUCUAUCUCUGUCAAAUGUGAUAAUCGAUACCCCACGCCCCACAGUGCUGGAAGCUUAUCCCAGUGGGACGAUCCUGAUACUGAAUCUUGAGGCAGGGGCUAGGCUGCAGAUGCUCUCUCCUGUAAAGCCAUAGGCCUUUGGCCUUGUACUAUUAAGUAUCAGAUCAAAGCAUUGCUCCUUGCAGUACUAAUGAGGGCAAGGGAAUAGUAUUCCUAUCUGAAAACUGUAGGAGCUAGGGCUGCAAAUCAGGUCCUUCCUUAUGUGCCAUGAAACUACUAGACGCGGGGCUGAUAAUGGAAAAAAAAGUCCAUGUUCCUUUGAAUACUGUCCUUUAAACGUCUGGAUUCUGGGCCUCCCAACUAGAGCUUUCUGAACAGCAAGGCUAUGCUGUGAAAAAUAUAGUAGUUGAGCUAGAAAGAUAUCAGACCUGCAACUUGAAGGCCAGCCUCUUCCAAGGCACACCCAGGUAGGUGUCACCUACUUCUGCUCAGCAGGUGAUACAAAAUCUCUGUGUCUUGUAAAAUAUCAUUUACCCUCUAACUGGUCUCAAAUGAUGGUUUACAGUUUUAUUUAAAUCUUUGUUACUAGCUUUAUUACCUAUAAGUUUCUGGACCGCUUGCUGAGGGGAUGUCACUUCCUUGCAUCUGUUGCUGCGCUGCGGUUUCUGUUGCUUGGCUGCUCUGCAUUCGCUUUGCUCUGCGUGCGGCUUUCAGACGUGUCUUGGCUGCAGGCGAUGCUCAAGGUGAGGCUGUUGCUUUCCUCCCUAGCAGGAGAUUUGUGAUGUGAGUGGAGUUACCUUUCUGCUUAUGGAUUUCCUUUUCCAAGCAAACGAACGCUGUUGGAGAAGGCCUCGGGUGUCUUGCUCAGGAACGCACUAUCCAUUACCUUUACCGAGAGGAAUAGCUUGUUAAGUACAGAGAAUGGCCUGUUAGGGUUCACUGAAGAGAACCUUUUCUGCCCUAUUUUGCUUUAUGAUGUGGAAAAAAAGCUGGUGCACAGCCUGGAGUGCAGAUGAAGCUUUGUCAUAGGAAAUGUGCUGAAAGGCUAGAGAACAAGGCGAGUCCCUGGGGCUAUGGUCCCUGAGCUGCUCUGGUGCUCACCCUGGUGCUUCGCUUGUGCCCUUCUCCUUCGUACAGCCUCUGGGGCUUGCUGCACCCUACACUGAGGGUCAGUGUCCUACACUGGCAGAAGAGGUUUGCUUUGUUGUUGUCAGUUUGUGUGUGUGGUUGUGGGGUUUUUUUUGUUUUGUUUUGUUUUUGUAACUUUGUGUAUUGACAUGGUGCUAAAGUGCCAGCCUAGCUGCAGGUCAAUUUCUGUGAAGAUCCAGUGGAGGGGACAAAAAGGGUUGUGUUUUUUUUUUUUUUUUAAUA